CCUUGCCCGCUCUUUUGACAUCGCCCUUUUGCCCGGUUUCUCCCGCGUCCCGGCCCCACGGGGUGGGGGUGGGGGGUGGGGUUGCAAAGCCUUCCGGAGCCAUGGAGGACGAGAUCAUUCGCAUCGCUAAGAAGAUGGAUAAGAUGGUGCAGAAAAAGAGCGCGGCUGGGGCACUGGAUUUACUAAAGGAACUUAAGAAUAUUCCUAUGACCCUGGAAUUAUUGCAGUCCACAAGAAUUGGAAUGUCAGUAAAUGCCAUAUGCAAGCAGAGCACAAAUGAAGAGGUUACAUCCUUAGCGAAGUCCCUCAUCAAAUCCUGGAAAAAGUUGCUAGAUGGACCAUCCACUGAUAAAGAUUCUGAUGAAAAGAAAAAAGAACCUGCUAUCUCCUCCCAAAAUAGCCCUGAAGCAAAAGAAGAAAGUAGCUCCAGUAGCAAUGGAAGCAACAGAAAGGAAGAAACAAAUGCUUCUGAUUCCUUCAUUCCAUCUUUUCCCCGGGCACCAACCACUUCAGAUUCAGUUCCAAUGAAGUGCCGAGGGAUGCUUGCUGCAGCCCUCAGAACAGGAGAUGACUACAUUGCUAUUGGGGCUGAUGAAGAAGAACUGGGAUCUCAAAUUGAAGAAGCUAUAUAUCAGGAGUUACGGAACACGGACAUGAAAUAUAAAAAUAGGGUACGAAGUAGAAUAGCAAAUCUCAAGGAUGCAAAGAAUCCAAAUUUAAGGAAAAAUGUACUGUGUGGGAACAUACCUCCAGAUUUAUUUGCUAGAAUGACAGCAGAGGAAAUGGCUAGUGAUGAACUUAAAGAGAUGCACAAAAACCUGACCAAAGAAGCAAUUAGAGAACAUCAAAUGGCCAAGACAGGUGGGACCCAAACUGACCUAUUUACAUGUGGCAAAUGUAAAAAGAAGAAUUGUACCUAUACACAGGUUCAAACUCGCAGUGCUGAUGAACCUAUGACAACAUUUGUUGUUUGCAAUGAAUGUGGAAAUAGAUGGAAGUUUUGUUAGAAGAAGGAACUGGGAAAGAUACCUGGACGCUUGUGAAAGAUGAUUUUGUAAUUAGCUUUAAAAACUAGGCCAAGGAUCUGGUUUCCUUGCAAAUGAGAUUUUUAAAGCGGCAAUCAUCCUUUGGGUUCAUCUUUUGUUUUUGACACAACCAUCCCUUUCUUAAAAGCCUUCUUAUAGUUAGUCAGUGGUUAGAUCAGAUAUUCAAUUGUAUGGUGUUUGUUUAAAACUAUUUUUUCAUUUUUAUAAGUAAGUCAACAUUAAACUUUUAUCAACUUAAGCUUUUGGUAACAUUUGUUUUUCAUAACAAAUGGAAAAUGUACUUUAACUUUUUUACAAUCUGAAACAUACACAAGAGAUUUUUUACUUCUCUUCUCUAUUAAUGUGAAAGUGGAAUUUGCAAAUUUGUUUCCAUAUCAGCAUGUUCCUACUAAUAUUAAGAGAGAAGAAAGACCAGUGUAAUUUUAGGUUUACCAAGUGUUAGUGUAGUAACAAAAUAAUGCUUGGACAGCUUAUCUACUUUGUAAAUAUCAUUUUUUUGAAUUAGCAUCUCACUUUGAUCAUAAUGAUUUAAAUAAACCUUAGUGAUUAGAUAUCAUUUGCAUCUGUGACUAGUUGUGACCAACAUCAUUUGUUGUACUUUUCUUAAAUCUGUAAAUUACUUGCUCUUAAUAGCUCUUGCUUCUGGAGAAAUUCCUUUAAGUACUUUAUUAAAACAUCAAUUGGUCUUUAUUUUUUA